GCAUUGUACUCAGCUGAAGCUCUCAGAGAGAUCUGUCACUCUCUGUACCUUUGUCCUUUGUGUUGGUCGACACAAGUCUUGUUGUUACGAACUAUGUCCGAGAACAUUCUGAUCAUCGGUGCUACUAGAGGCUUGGGGGCGUCCCUCAAGACUCUAUAUGCAGGGAGACAAACCACGAAUACGGUUUUUGCAACGACCAGAGAUUCCUCCAAGCCGAAAGACGAGCCUCUUGUCUCAUGGGUUGCGAAUAUUGACGUGGCCAGGCCUGAUGUCGGCCAGAAUCUGGUCUCCCAGCUGCCCUCAUCUGCCAAGAUCUCGACAGUCAUAAUCUCUGCCGGCUAUUUCGGGUUCGAGACAUUCGACGAGCCUGACUGGGAGAAGGAGGUCAAGAUGUAUACCACCUCUGCUAUCGGACCUGUCUUUCUGGUGCAUCACUUGGUCAAAGCAGGGCUCUUGGGCGCCGGUAGCAAGGUGAUUCUCGUCAGUAGUGAGAGUGGAAGUAUCACGCUGCGGCAUGAGAAGGAGGGUGGAGGAAACUAUGGCCAUCAUGCUAGCAAAGCAGCUCUUAAUAUGGUGGGGAAGCUUUUAAGUCUGGAUCUCAAAGACAAGGGGAUCGCUGUCGGCAUUGUUCACCCUGGGUUUAUGCGCACAGAGAUGACAAAGGGCGUGGGAUUCGAUAAGUACUGGGAUGCCGGAGGAGCUGUCACGCCGGAUGAAGCAGCAGGGUCGCUCGCUUCAUUCAUUGAUGAGUUUGACAUCAGUAAAACCGGACAGUAUUGGGCACCACGGGGUCCUAGGGAUAUUGGGACUGCCGAGCCUGUAUUAGGUAGCGACUUGCCGACACCACUCCAACUGCCUUGGUAGAGAGCCUUGUUGUAUGUCAAACCUGGUACCGAUGUUGUUGUACCAAUGAGAGUUUCACUUGCUCUUCGUACUACGGUAGCCGUUUGAUCGGCCAUGUUGAACGAGCCUUAUGUGUAAAAACUCUGGAUAUCAAACGUGACUCCUAUGCCUGGCCAGUGCGUCUGCUGAAAUGAUUGUAGAAAAAUACCUAUAAUUUGACACAUAACUUCCAC